GUUUCCCGUCGCAUCUCCGAGCCACCCCCUCCCUCUCCCUCCCUCCUUCCCAUCCCCCCUUCUUUUCAAGCGUGAGACUCGUGAUCCUUCCGCCGCUUCCCUUCUUCAUUGACUCGGAAAAAAAAUCCCCGAGGAAAAUAUAAUAUUCAAAGUACUUAUUUUCAAUCAAGUAUUUGCCCCCGUUUCACGUGAUAUAUUUUUUUUAAGACUCCCCCCUCCCUUUUUCCCCUCCAAGGAAAGGGAGGGGAAAGAAUUGUAUUUUUUUUUCCAGCCCCAAAUCAUCUACAUGUUAAAUAUCCAUACUGAUCUGUCUUGAAGGAGAAAUACAUCGCUCGUUUUUUUUUAUAGCUGUACAAAAGGAGUGAAAAGCCAAGAGGACGAAGUCUUUUUUUUUUUUUUUUUUACAUCUUCUUGUGGGAGAACUUAAUGCUGCAUUUAUCAUUAACCUAACACCCCAACAUAAAACGAAAGGAAGAAAAGGAGGAAGGAAGGAAAAGAGGGUGAUUCGGGAAGAGAGUGAUCAUGUCAGGGCGGCCCAGAACCACCUCCUUUGCGGAGAGCUGCAAGCCAGUGCAGCAGCCUUCAGCUUUUGGCAGCAUGAAAGUUAGCAGAGACAAGGAUGGCAGCAAGGUGACUACAGUGGUGGCAACUCCUGGGCAGGGUCCAGAUAGGCCACAAGAAGUCAGCUAUACAGACACUAAAGUGAUUGGAAAUGGGUCAUUUGGUGUGGUAUAUCAAGCCAAACUUUGUGAUUCAGGAGAACUGGUUGCCAUUAAGAAGGUAUUGCAGGACAAGAGAUUUAAGAACCGAGAGCUCCAAAUCAUGAGAAAGCUAGAUCACUGUAACAUAGUCCGAUUGCGUUAUUUCUUCUACUCAAGUGGUGAGAAGAAAGAUGAAGUCUAUCUUAAUCUGGUGCUGGACUAUGUUCCGGAAACAGUAUACAGAGUUGCCAGACACUAUAGUCGAGCCAAACAGACGCUUCCUGUGAUCUAUGUCAAGUUGUAUAUGUAUCAGCUGUUCCGAAGUUUAGCCUAUAUCCAUUCCUUUGGAAUAUGCCAUCGGGAUAUUAAACCACAGAACCUCUUGUUGGAUCCUGAUACAGCUGUCUUAAAACUCUGUGACUUUGGAAGUGCAAAGCAGCUGGUCCGAGGAGAACCCAAUGUUUCGUAUAUCUGUUCUCGGUACUAUAGGGCACCAGAGUUGAUCUUUGGAGCCACUGAUUAUACCUCUAGUAUAGAUGUAUGGUCUGCAGGCUGUGUGUUGGCUGAGCUGUUGCUAGGACAACCAAUAUUUCCAGGGGACAGUGGUGUGGAUCAGUUGGUGGAAAUAAUCAAGGUCCUGGGGACACCAACAAGGGAGCAAAUUAGAGAAAUGAACCCAAACUACACAGAAUUCAAAUUCCCUCAAAUUAAGGCACAUCCUUGGACUAAGGAUUCGUCAGGAACAGGACAUUUCACCUCAGGAGUGCGGGUCUUCCGACCCCGGACUCCACCGGAAGCAAUUGCACUGUGUAGCCGUCUGCUGGAGUAUACACCAACUGCCCGACUGACACCACUGGAAGCUUGUGCACAUUCAUUUUUUGAUGAAUUAAGGGACCCAAAUGUCAAAUUACCAAAUGGGCGAGACACACCUGCACUCUUCAACUUCACCACUCAAGAACUGUCAAGUAAUCCACCUCUAGCUACCAUCCUUAUUCCUCCUCAUGCUCGGAUUCAAGCAGCUGCUUCAACCCCUACAAAUGCCACAGCAGCCUCAGAUGCUAAUGCCGGAGACCGUGGACAGACCAACAACGCCGCUUCUGCAUCAGCUUCCAACUCCACCUGAACAGUCCCGAGCAGCCAGUUGCACAGGAAAAACCGCCAGUUACUUGAGUGUCACUCAGCAACACUGGUCACGUUUGGAAAGAAAAUUAAAAAGAGAAAAAAACCUGCUCAUUUUAGUGUUCAGAUUUUUUUAUUAUUAUUGUUGUUCUUAUUUAACCUUGUAAAAUAUCUAUAAAUACAAACCAAUUUCAUUGUAUUCUCACUUUGAGGGAGAUCCAGGGGGUGGGAGGGGUUGUGGGGAGGGGAAAGCGGAGCACUAGAACACACAAUCUCUCUCCCACGACAAUCUUUUUUUAUCAAGUCUGCUGUUGUAUACUUUAAAAACAGGACUCCUGCCUCAUGCCCCUUCCACAAAAGAAGAAGACUUUGUUCUGUGCCGAAGUUUUUUUUGAACUUUGUUUUCUUUUAAAGUCAAGUGUAAGACUUUGGUAUAGUGCACAGCUUGAAAUUGGUUGGGAGCUUAGCAGGUGUAACUCAAUGGGGACUUCAGUGUCACUUGUCAAAUUCAUCCAUAUCCUCGGGUAUUUGAAGACUUGCCUUUGGUAUGUUGGGGGCAGGUGUGGUAGACAAACAAGGAAAUGUGUAUCAUUUGUAUGUAACCCAGGGAGGUCAAUAAAGUUUGAAGAUUCUUAAUUGACUUUGAUAAGGUUUUGUUUUGCUCUUAAUCAGUGCUAGUGGUGAAGAAACUUAAAUUGGAGGCUAUCAGAGGAGGAGCAUGGGUGCUCUGAGGGUGGAUCUUUGUUUGCCUGACCAAAGGUUCUCUGCAAAUCUUAGUACAGUUUUAAACUGGUGACCAGAAGACUGAAAAGGAUGUUGAGCCAGUCAUUCUGGCUGCAGAGGUCAAAAGCUGAUGAACCUGGAGGAAGGGGACAGGCCAAGAGCAGAUCUCACCACUGUGAAUGAAUUUGUCCAGAUUUGUUUCUAAAGUUGCUUCCCUUGGAAAGAUACACUUGAGAGGACAUUGUAGUUAAAUAAUGUGAACUGUAACAGUCUACUGGUUUAUUUUUCAUAUUUUUAAUUACAAAUUGAGCUUGCAGAAAUUGCCACAUUCUGCACAUAGUUCUGAUUUUAAAUCCAAAUCUAGAAUCUGUAUUUAAUUUCAGCUUUUUUUUAACCUCAUGCUUUUAAAACUUUAUUUAUUGAUGUAUGUCAGAUAGACCAUUGUGAUUUUAGUUGGUAGGAAUAUUAAGAACUACACAUAAAAAUGGUAUAAACAGUCACGUGUACCUGCUGACUUUAUAGGAAAGCUGAUUAUAUAAAUGUGUGUAUGUAUAUAUGUUAUAUAUACAUAGAUUCAAUACUGCCUUUUAUUUUUGUGUUUGUCCACAGUAUCAAAAUCAACUGGUUGAAGCAUGAGAAGAAUGUUUCCCCCCCACACCCAGUUAAGAGUUUUUGUUUCUGUUUUCUUUGUGUAUCAGUGAAUGGUGUAAGACUCAGUUUCUGUUUUUGAAGAAAAAGCAAUAUUCCUUGGAAAGCAAAGAGGAUUGAAGGAUUACGUUUGCAGUGAGGAAAUAGAUUUUCACAACUAGUUUGUUUUAUACUUUUAAGGUUGACAUCUUUGUGGGCCUUAUAUACUCUAAAAUGAACCUUAGUCACCUUGGUGCUUAUGGGCCAUUACUUGACCUAUGAAUCUUUAAGGCACAAUCAGUUGUACUUUACAUUUAAAGAUCACUUGAGUGAUGGCCGCCUUUCCCUUCUACCCACUCUUCCCUACACACUUUCCAAGGUUAGUUGAUAACUGUAGGGCUGUAGAGCUGAGCCCUCGAUCAUAUGUAACCUCCCUUCCCCUUCCUCAUUGCCACCUUAGGUCGUGUCAGGGGUCUUGCCCUCCCGGUGGUUUGGAAGUGGAGUCUCCUGGCAGCCCUCAACGCAGGCCCCGGUACCCUGUCCUGCUUCUUUACCAAGUGCGUGCGACUCUCCAAGAGAGUCCUACUGCCUGCUGAAGUGAACCAGUACCCAGAAGGGCAACUGUGAGCCAUCUUAGUUUUCACUCACUGUUUAGCUGAGCUCUUAGGCCACAAAAGGGGUUUCUCAAACCUCUGGUUAUAUCCGAGUUCAUGAGAAAGGAAACACAUGCAGUCAAACCAAAUCGAACAAAUUGACCUUUACAUUUCAUAAUGCGCUUCUGAGAGCUAAUUAAGCUUUGAAAGAAGUCUGAAUCAAAGUAUUUGGCCGGGUAAUUCCUAAAGGGAAUGGCUUUGGUAGACCAUUUUCAGAAAGGAUUUAUAAAAAAGCUGAACAGCAGGUCUAUGACAGAGAAGUGGACCUGCUGUCACACCAAACUGCCCAGCCAAACAUUUGGACACAGACACUACUCUGGACUUGGUAUAUUUGCUAGAGUCCAUAAAAAUCUGUGCUUGUUUUAGGAAACACUCCCCCCUCCUUUGCCCCCAUAAAUGGGGUAAGAGAAGAAGAGAGAAAAGUCAGAUGCUUUUCUUUCAUUCCUGUGUGUAUGUGUGUGAGGGCUGAGGUGUAUGAUUUUUCUUUCUCAAGGAUCAUGGCGGUAUCACAGAACUCUUUUAUACAAGUGAGAUCCAGGUCUCUGAAUAUCUUUUUGUAAAUAAUAAUAAUAAUAAUAAAAAGCUCCUCACCAAAUUCAAGCUUGUACAUUAUCUUUUCUUUCAAUGUUUUUAAAUUUAAGUUUUAUUGUUUUGUAUGUAAAUAUGUGGACCCAGGAACUGUUAAUUAAUGAGCAAAAAGUUACUGUUCAGGGCAGUGAUUCUGUUUAAUAAUCAGACAAAAUGUAGACGAGCUUUUUAAAGCCAUAUAGUUUUAACUCUGUACAGUAGGUACCGGCCUGUAUUAUUGUAACAAUAACUCUAGCAAUGUAUAGUGUAUCUAUAUAGUUUGGAGUGCCUUCGCUUCCAUGUGUUUGUUUUUUGUUUUUAUUUUUCAUUUUUCAAAUUUUAAUUGGUUUUUCUAUCCGUGUCUCCUGUCCUACCCCUUUCCCUUUGAAAUAAUAACUCACGCCUAACAGUGUCUUUGCCCCUUCCACAGUUAAUUUCAGUGAUACCAUGCUCAGGAGUGGAAAGAGGAAACCGUGUUCAUGAUCUCACUUCAUUUAAGCCCUGCCUUUGUUUUGGUUCUGAGCAGCUGUUUCCUCCUCAGUCAGUAGCAGUGACCGGUUUCAUUUCAUACUUAGUCCAUCCAGGGACUUUGUGUCGUGCCAGGGAGCCCUAGAGCUGGAAGAGACUGAAUAGAUUCAAGUUUGCUCAUCUCUUCCCCAAGUCCCAACCAUGGAUCUUACAGACAGCAGAUUCCAGGAGCCUUCCAUGCUCUCUCCCCCUUAUCCACUUCCUUCCCAAAUGAAAGAGAGAGAGACAGUUGGUUUUUAUAAAUCCAAGUUUCUUAAUAGUAUCAGGUUCUGCUCCGUCAGUGGUCUACAAUGCUCUAGUGCAGUUACUAGCGGUUACUGCCCCGAGCGCCACCGAGCCAAGAGGACUGUUGUGUUAACAAGGGAACUCAGCCCAUCCCCUCCCUCCUGCCCCCUCGCCCCGUGUUCAGUGAAAUGUCAUUUUCAUUUCCUUCUUUAAAAAUAAGUUUAAUUCUUGCUGUGUGCCCAUCAUGAAGGCCUUUUUUGAAAGAAAAAAAUCAAAAUCAUUUGUUUUGCCUCCAAGUACUCCAUAUAAGAUGUCUUGAGUAGAAGAAAAAACAAACUUUACCAAACCAAAGGUUGCUAUUUUUUGAAACAUCGUGUGUUCAUUCCAGCAAGGCAGAAGACUGCACCUUCUUUCCAGACAUGUUGUGUCCGUUUUUUAAGUCCUCUUAAUUUUUAGACAUAUUUUUGGUUUGUGUUUUAACAAAGCCUGCCUAACCAGUCAUAUUGUCUGCACCAAUACAAAGGUUUCUGAGAGGACUAUUGUAUUCUCUAUUCCUGUGGAUAUAAAGACACUGGCAUUUCAUUUCUUUUUCCCUUUCCUUUUUAAGGGAUUUAACUUUGGAAUCUUCCAAAGGAAGCUUGGCCAAUGCCAGAUCCCCAGGAGUUUGGGGGUUUUUUUCCUUUGUUUUAAACCAAAAUUGUAUCUGAUUUCUAUUGUUCAUGUUAGUGAUCAUCUAAUCGCAGAGCUGAACACUUUCUCCCCUAUAUAGAAAAAUAAACUAAGCAUGCUUUACAAUAUUCUGGUAGAAACCUGAGCCACUGAAAAUACGACAACUAGAAGCAGAGUAGAGUCCCAGACUAAGGUCUGCGUUUGAGAGGCUUUGAAAGUAAUCCCUGGGGUUUGGAUUAUUUUCACAAGGGUUAUGACGUUUUAUUCAAGUUUGUUGCUCCGUUUUGCACCUCUGCAAUAAAAGCAAAAUGACAACCAGUACAUAAGGGGUUAGCUUGACAAAGUAGACUUCCUUGUGUUCAUUUUUAAGUUUUUUUUUCUUACUAUAUCUGUCUACAGGCAGAUACAGAUAAAUGUAUGAAAAUGUGCUUGCCUGUAAAAUUUGCAUUUAUAAAUGUGUUGCCGAUGGAUCACUUGGGCCUGUACACAUACCAAUUAGCGUGACCACUUCCAUCUUAAAAACAAAUCUAAACAAAAUUUAUUAUAUAUAUAUAUAUAUAUAAAGGACUGUGGGUUGUAUACAAACUUGCAAACACUUGUGCAAAUCUGUCUUGAUAUAAAAGAAAAGCAAAAUCUGUAUAACAUUAUUACUACUUGAAUGCCUCUGUGACUGAUUUUUUUUUCAUUUUAAAUAUAAACUUUUUUGUGAAAAGUAUGCUCAAUGUUUUUUUUCCCUUCCCCAUUCCCUUGUAAAUACAUUUCGUUCUAUGUGACUUGGUUUGGAAAUAGUUAACUGGUACUGUAAUUUGCAUUAAAUAAAAAGUAGGUUAGCCUGGAAAUGAAAUUAAAA